AUGGCUUCCCGAACGGCACGUACCCUUAUCCAGCCGACCGCUGAAUCAAACACGGAAGAUCUGACGCUCACGUCCCACGUAAUACCAACCCCUAACCUAACUAAAAACGAACACCUGAUUCAAGUCCACGCCUGCUCUCCCUGCGCAGGGGAGCUUCACUGGCCGAGGAACUUCCCUCCGCCACAGCCCCGAGAUCUCAUUCCCUGCCCCGACGUCUCCGGUACUGUUGUCUCCGCGCCCCCUGACUCCCCCUUCCAACCGGGUGCUGAGGUUUACGCACGCACGAACUACAUCCGUCCCGGCAAUGCGCGGGAUUAUACAAUCGCAACUACAGAUGAGCUUGCCCUGAAGCCGAGGGGCUUGAGUUGGGUUGAGGCUGCAGCGGUGCCGGUAUCAGCCGAGACAGCAUGGCAGAUUCUCUUCAUUCAUGCCGGGGUUGUUUCUCCCGACGCUGAGAUGGACAGAAUCCUGGUUACGGCUGCGUCCGGGGGUUUCGGGAUGUGGGUUGUGCAGGUUGCUGCGAGGGUGCUUGGGGUUGAGGUGGUGGGAACAUGUGGAUCCGACAAUGUCGAGCUUGUGCGAUCGAUGGGUGCAAAGGAGGUUGUGGAUUAUCGGGCCACUGACUUGAAGGUCUGGGUAGAACAGGAGACGGGAAAAAGGGUGGAUGUGGUCAUUGACUGUGUUGGCGGACGAGCGCUGCAGGAUGCUUGGUGGGCUGUUAAACAAGGAGGAACGGUUCUAAGUAUUGUUCAGCCACCCGAAGGAGUCUGUCCGCGGAGUGAGAAGGGUGGAGUGAAAGAUAUCUUUUUUGUGAUGCAGCCAAGUGGAAAACAGCUGGGGAUGAUCACCGAGUUGAUCGAGGAGGGAAAGUGUCGAGGUUUGGUGGAUAGUGUGUGGCCGUUGGAAAGGUUUCGGCCAGCAUUUGAAAGACUGGACACUGGGCAUACCUGUGGAAAGAUCGUGCUGGAUUUGGCUUUGAAUCAGUAG